AUGACCGCCGUCUUCUACACCACUGGAACGCAAUACGUCACCCACAAGAUCCCGGCAGAUCAUUUCUCUUCCCCAUGGGGUUCUCCUACAUCAGCUCUGCAGAGUGCACUGGCACUAGUGACACCGACAGCUGCAACCAGCAUCAUCGUCGCCCAUAACCCGCCAAUGUGUCUAACAGGUAACGCAUGUUACACGGGCGCCUAA